AUGAAGCCCAGAGGGGGUAGCCAGACCUUUCGACCAUGGAGGCCGAGGUUAGCCCCAUCUUGGGCGAGAGAAAAAACCCCUAACCUGCCGGUCAUUGACUCGCAGGACAAAUUGACUCCGUUGAUGCCUCCUACCCCAGUCUGUUACCGGUGUAAUGAGCCAGGACACAUUGCCAGGAAUUGUCCGAUAAUGGAGGUGGGCAUGGCUAAAAGAUCCUGGUCAGAAGUAACAAGUUUUUUCAGAGGCUCAAGUUCAGAAAUGUUUCACUUCAAGUUUGUAAACCACGGCAACUCAUUACUGCAAAAAAUGAACCUACUGCGGGAGCAAGACUGUUUUUGCGAUGUCACCCUACAGAUUCACAAUUUCACAUUCCAGGGACAUAAAGUUGUCUUGGCGGCCUCAUCUCCCUUUCUGCGGGACCAGUUCUUGCUUAACGAUUCAAGGGAGGUUUCCAUCUCAGUCCUGCAAAGCUCAGAAAUUGGCAGACAGCUGCUGCUCUCUUGCUAUACAGGCAUACUGGAGUUCCCUGUGAAGGAGCUGGUGAACUAUCUGACUGCUGCCAGCGCUCUGCAGAUGGGUCAUGUUGUAGAACGGUGUGCGCAGGCUGUGUCCCAGUAUCUUGACCCAACACUUGCAGAUAUAAAAGGGGUGAUGACUUUUAAUGAGGUACAGCCCUGUUCUCCAUCUUCUGACGGGGAUGAAUUUCAAGAAACCGUAGAUGGAUUUGACAUGGACUCAGAGGACAGAGCCCAUAUAGUGAAAAAUGUUCCCCCUUCUAUAAUUCCCUCCAAAUGCAAGCGCUUCUUUUCCAAAUCUCUAGCCUCAUCCAUUGAAACCUCUGGAAGCAACACGCAGGACUAUUCCACAGACGACUCAGUUGACCAGGAGGUGGUCAGUGGAGACAUUUAUAUGCUCGCUGCCCAAGAAAUCGAAUUCCAGGGCUUAGCCUCAAGUAGCCCUGUGGCUGAAGUGAGUCUGCAACACGACCAGGUCCAGUCUGCUUUGAUCAGCAAGCUGAUGUCGGAGAACUUUAUCAGAGAGCACGAUGCCAUAUUGCAAAAGCCCUAUUACUGUCGGAAGUGCAGCAAAGUCUUUCAGCACCUGGAAAACUACAUCAGCCACGUGAAAGAGCACAAGCUGUACCUGUGCUUGCGCUGUGGCAAGACGUUCUCGCAGAAAAGUAACCUCACCCGGCACAUACGUGUGCACACUGGAAUGAAACCCUUUGAGUGCCCGCUCUGUAAAAAGGCCUUCAGCCAGAAGGCUACACUACAGGACCACGUUAACCUUCACACAGGCAUCAAGCCUCACAAGUGUAACUACUGCACAGUGCAUUUCGCACAUAAACCAGGACUGAGGAGGCAUCUGAAGGAUGUUCACAGGAAGAGCAGCUUGGAGAACACCUGUGAAAAGGUGGAUGCACUCAUUGUGGACAGCGAUUAGCAGAAACUCAAAGCAGACACACCUGUUUGCUGUGAAUGCUGGCUGUCACAGAUGUGAGAAGGCACAAACUCAUGGUGGUAACUUGUACAGUUUACACAAGUUUGCAGUCCUGUGUGGAAUCAGAUUGUGCAUGUAAAUAUGGAGGGUUUAAAGAGUGAGUAGUUUAAUAGGUAAUUUAAAUUGAUUUCACAUUUCCCUUGCUAUGGUAUGGUGUUUGCCGUCAUUGAGUGGCUUUGAACUUGCUUUAAUCUUGUUUGAAGAAUACCAAGUGCUGGCACUGAACAGCCUUCAUCAUUACAUUCAUAUCACGUGGCAAUGACUUGGUUUACAUGCAGUGUAGAAACUCCAGAUUCCCUCUCCAUUGUCGUGAGCAGGGAUCUGCGUUAUUCCGUGAGUAAAAUUAAAGGGCUAAAAAUGAGUUCUCCAGCACAUUAUAAGACACACAAACAGUACUAUUGGGUAACUGUUAACACAGGAAGUAUUCAUUGUUGUUCUUGUUACACUUCUUGGGUCUCUUUAUGUUGUAUUUUAGUUUAUAACUUUUAAUUAUUCUUGAACUGUAACCUUGUAUUACAGUGUAACGUGUAAUUUGCUUUGGAUAAAUGCGUCUGCUAAAUAAAUAAAUAAAAUAAAAAUGGUUACACUUUCAAAUUCUAAGCAAGUUACAAGCUUACCAGCGCCAUUAAUCAAUAAAACAAACACACACUUUUUUUUUUUUACUUCACAUAUUACAAAUAGUUUCCUGUUAUAAAAAUAAAAAAUAAUAAUAUUCACGUUAGGGCAACUCCGAGUUAGUCUUCAUCAUCAGGCUGCUGUUGAUCCCCUUGGUACAGAGGAAUAUCGGCUUUUACACACAUUUUGACAAAAUCUGAAACCACAGUUUCACGCUGUUCUUUGGCAGUUGUAAGAUGCUGAAAUUCACCCUUGCCAAACUCGUUGACACAAUCUUUAGAGGUGAUUGUUAUUGUUUUCAGCAUCUUUGAACAGCUCUGAAUACUGAAGUAAACUGAACUUGAAUACCGGAAGCAGUUUUAUUAGACCGGUAUGUUUAUAUAAAUUUAAAGCAAAGUUGCCUGUGUUAAUGUUUAUAUAUUAUACUUGUAUUGAUUUGGUUGUUAUCAAACAAACAAAAAAAACCUUGCAUGUUUUUUGACCCUGCCCAAGUGUAAAACUAAAAAAUCUGUGUUAUCAUAGAAAAUCUGCAUUAUUCAGCAGCAAACGGAUUCCUGGGAUCCCUGGACAUGAGACUGACGUAGCAGACACACAUCACACGCAUUCCUCAUGCUAAAGGAAGUGCAUGGACACAAGUUCAAAAUCUAGUUCAAGUUCAAGUUCACAAGACUUCAGCAGUGAAGCUGCUGUUUAAAAAACUUCUCGUAAGCCCAGUUUACGAGAAAGCUGCACAAUAUUGGCAGUCCCGCAAGGCCAAAUUGGAACACUGCCAAACACUUAAGUACACCUUCCCGUAUUUUUAUAUCAAUUUGGUCAUUUUAACUUUUGAAGAAUUUCUCUCCCUUAAAGAAAACUGCAUGUAAGCCCAAAUUGCCCGAAAGGUACUACCAAAAUAGAGAGUCAAAAAGGUGAGACUUAUUUUUAUUUUAAACCAAGCCGAUGUAACCUUUGAAGCUACUUACUCUUUGAACAGUGCCUUAACAGCACAGAGCUGUUUCUGGAAUAUACACAUUCCAGUAUUACAAACCACAUGGAUGGUCUCAGCCAGAGUAGAGCAGUCAUUAUCAAGCUUUAUAUGACAAGUGGAAUCUGCUAUUCACAUGCAUGGGGGAUUCCAAAGCUUUUUUCUUGUAGUAACAGUACAGUUUCAUUAAGAAAUGUCACAAAGGCAUUGACAACAUAGUACUGAUUUGGUUGAAAUCAGACUUUUGAGUGGAAGCUGCAACUCCCUUUAUUAAAGGAAGGACUGGAAAAGGAAAGACCAAAGCACUUGUCAUAUAAUAGCUGUAACUAAAGGAUGACACAGGUGUAUUUGGAAGCAACCGUCUCCCUGGCUAGUAUAAAAGCCUUUAAUUGUAUGAAGACUUAUAUCCUUGUACACUUGGUGCACCCUAGUUAACAUGUCUUAAGUAGAGUUUUAGUCCUGAAACUCUCCAACAGCUGCUUGGUUUGAAACUGCCAAAUAUGAUACAGUACCAAAAAGCAAAUAAAUAAUAACCUGCACAAAAAUGGUUUAAUAUACAAAGCAACUGUGCGUAAUAACAUUGUUAUCAGUGUUGUGAGCGUUCCUAUUUGAUCAUUGUUUUUAGUUAAAACAGGGAUACAUAUUUCUGUAUCUGUAUUAGUACAAGCUGCCUUAGUGAUAAUCACUUUCAUUGUGACAAUUAGGAUGCUUUUAUAAUUAAUUUCAAGUUCAGUGAAGUCCAGACUAGGCCUUGUGGACAUUAAAAUCCAAUGUAUUUUACUGUGUAAGGACUUCGAUAAUUCACAUAUGUUUCUAGUACUACAAAGCUGUAGGUGAAAUAAAAUUUAAACUGCUAUUUCUACCUAAUCCCUUACUUUGCUGUAGGUGUGAUCCUAGGUAGAAUAAUAGUCACAAGUACUGUUACUGGGCAACAAUGCUUUUAUGUAGUCUGUUCAAAGUGAAUAGAUAAUACUAACAAUUGUGUGACUAAAUCCUUGUAUAAUAAAUGGUGGUGGUUCUUUAACCUUUAAUUUAAUCAAUCAGUCACCUGUGUAAGAGAAGCUUAUGAUUUUGAAAUGUCACAUUUUUCAAUAUUCGUCAGUUUUUGUUAAGUAUAUAGAAUACUACAAAGCGGUAUGCAAUUCAAAAUGUUAACGUAACAUUAUUCAGCAGGUUUCAUUCUACUUUAUGAAGCACACAGCCCGACUCAAGCCAUCUCGACUCAUCUCAUUUGAGUUUGCACAGAUUCUGCAAUCAGUUGUGCUCAGUUUUGGUUUGACGUCACAAUUGAGUUUUUCCCGACUGGGUGUUGCACACUGCUAAGACUGAAUUACUGACCACGACUAGAUACUGGUGAUUACUAUGUAUGCACAUGUAAUUAUUAUUGCCCUGUACACAUUUUUGCAUUAACUUAGCCCAACAUAGCGACCCUCAUAUUAUGCAUGGCAUCGUAUGCUGAUUAGACGACGGAGACAGCGCUGCGAGGCAACCAAAAGAAGCACUUAGCCUAUUAAUUAAUUGACCAUUUACACCGUGCAAACGUUUCAGGCAGUGUUUGACUUUUUGCAUAGCUUGUCUACUACACUUUAGCCUGUGGUAAAUAAAAUCCAACCUGUUGAUUUUGUA